AUGGCUAACUCAGAGAAACAAACCAUCGUGGUGAUCGGCGCAGGAAUCAUCGGCGUGACAUCAGCAUUGAUCCUCCUCGAGACCCUCCCACGCCAACAAUACCACAUCCUCCUCGCCUCCGAGUACUUCUCCACAGACGACGGACCCAACCCUUCCUACCCAACCACGCUCUCAGGCGCCCAUUACCGGCCCAUCCCAGCCACAACACCACAGCUGAAACAUGAAGCCCGUCUGGCGAAAGCAACCUACAAUCGCUUCAAGGCCCUCGCGGCCGCGCACCCGGAGUACGGGGUAGAGUUUAUGGAGGGUAUCGAUUACGUAUCUGGGCAGGCUACCCCGACCUAUAAAGCGCUGUUGCCCGAUUAUGUCGAGACGGAUGGGUUCCGUGUCUUGGAUGCCAGUGAGGUGCCGGAGGGCGUGGAGUUUGGGGCUAGGUAUGAGGCGUUUUGUGUUGACCCGGAGGUAUAUAUGAUGCACAUGCUGCGCCGGUUUAAGAUUGGUGGGGGGGAGGUAAGGCGGAUGCGGUUGAAGUCUGUCGAAGAGGGGUUCGAGAUCAAGGGACGGCAUGGAAGGGUGAGGAUGGUGGUUAAUUGCACCGGGGUUGGGAUUGAUGAUCCGAAAUCUUUCAUUAUUAGAGGACAAACAUGCCUCGUGUCAAAUUACUGCGACAAGACCAUAACAAAACAAAACGCCGACGGCACCUGGUCCUUCCUAGUCCCCCGCCCUCUGAACGGCGGCACCAUCGUCGGCGGCACAAAACAGCCCAACGACUGGAGCCCGGAACCAUCCCCCGCUGUCCGCAACCAAUUGCUUCAAAACGCAGCAAACCUGUAUCCAGCCAUUUUAAACAAAGACGGCCAGUUCGAAGUAGUCCGGGAUGUGGUAGGCCGACGGCCGGCACGGGAAGGCGGCAUGCGUCUUGAACUGGAGACGCUUCCUGCUGGUAAUCGCAAGGUUGUUCAUGCGUAUGGGCUUGCGGGGAGAGGGGUGGAGUUGAGCUGGGGGGUGGCGGACGAGAUUUUGAAGAUGGUUCAAGCUGAGUUGGAGGGUGGGGUGCCUCGCAGCAGGCUAUGA